UAGAGCUGGGACACGCAGAGCAAGUCAGAGAGCCAGGAACUGCAGGAAGCAGUCCAGGGAAGGAGCAGUGAGGGGAAAGCCCAGAACAGCUGAAUUGAGGGUCCCUGGACUGGAACCUGGAAUAGGGGCCAGGCCUGGGUUCCCCUAGCAGUCACCGAGGGCGUGGUAUAGACAUGUGGGGCAGUGAAGGGGAGGAUUGCCUGGCUCACUGGGAAGAACAGAGAACGGAAGGACUUUACCCCGGAAGCGUGGAGAAGGCUGCAUGACCUGGCUGGAGAGCGGAGUCACAAAGUGGGUGCUGUGGUUCCUGGGACAAGAGAACACGUGUAGAGAUGAUGUAGCUGCAUGCAAACUGUGGCAGCGGGGGGGUUGACCUUGAGAAAGAAUCCCCAGAGUGACUCUGAGAGAGGACGCCAGACUUGUCAGUAUGCCCAAAGAUGGAAAUUCUCUUGGACCUUCCCAGCCCAAUAGAAAACUUCUGUCUCUGCAUUUCCUGUGCAUCAUGUUCUCCCAUGUCCUGCAUAUUGUCCCCUCAGACUCAGGUAAUAAUAAACAAUCUCCAGACAGGAUCAGACCAGACAUCAUCUAGUCCAGUAUCCUUUCUCUGACAUGGGACAGCACCAGAUGGUUCAGAGGAAGACUGGGAAAGAUCCUGGAAUUCAAGGGCCAAGCUUUUAUAAAGUUUAUCAUCUUCACAGCAUUGUCCAGCAACUCCUUCAAGUUGUGAAUUUCAAAGUGGUCAGCCCUGCUCAACCCCUCAUGGUGUCUGUGGGUGAAGAUGCCCUGUUGCCCUGCCACCUCAGCCCCAGGAUGAAUGCCGAGGACAUGGAGGUGAGGUGGUUCCGGUCCAGCUUCCCUGAAGUGAUCCAUUUGUAUCAGGAUGGGAAAGACCAGCCCGAGCAGCAGAUCCUGGAAUACCAGGGGAGGACAGAGCUGCUGAGAGACAACAUCACUGAGGGAAGCGUUGUCCUGCGAAUACACAGCAUUAGGCCUGCUGACGAAGGACAAUACAGCUGCUUCUUCCAGUCUAGCACCUUCUAUGGAGCAGCCUUGUUGGAACUGAAGGUGUCAGGUUUGGGCUCUGGGCCCCACAUCUCUGUUGCUGACUACGAGGCCGGUGGGAUCCGGGUGCUGUGUACGUCGGGUGGGUGGUACCCAGAGCCUGAAAUGCUGUGGAGAGAUUCUAGUGGGCAGCUUGUACCAUCACUGUCCCAAACGAAAUCCCAACAGGAAAAUGGCCUGUUUGAAGCUCAGAUUUCUGUUGUUAUAAAAGAAAGGACAUAUCCUGGUUUGAAUUGUUACAUAAGGAAUCCCCGCCUCAAGCAAGAAAAAGAGUCAACAAUUUACAUAGCAGACCCGUUUUUCCUAAGGACUUCGCUCUGGAUGGUGGCUCUGGCUGUGGUCCUGAGUGUCCUGGGUUUUCUCAUUUCCCCAGCCAUUUACUAUUUUUGGAUGCAGCACAGAGAGAAAGGGAAACUCUUGGCUGAACUUCGGUGGAGAAGAGCCCAAAUAUAUGCAGUGAACGUGACUCUGGAUCCAGCCACAGCUCAGUCUAACCUCGUCCUGUCUGAGGAUCGGAAAAGUGUGAGACAUGGAGAUAUACGGCAGGAUCUUCCCGACAACCCUGAGAGAUUUGAACCUUACGUCAUUGUUCUGGGCGUUGAAAAGUUCAUAGACGGGAGGCAUUACUGGGAGGUGGAGGUGGGAAAGAAGCCUGAGUGGACUCUGGGGGUUUGUAGGGAAUCUGUGAGGAGGAAGGGGAGUAUCAGUGUCACAUCUAAGAAUGGAUACUUUGUGGUGUGUUUGAGAGAUGGAGAAAAAUACUGGGCCCGCACUUCCCCCCUAACUUCUCUCCCCGUGAGCGUCAGGCCCAGCCGGGUGGGGAUUUUCCUGGACUAUGAGGGGGGCGAGAUCUCAUUUUACAAUGUGACUGACAGGUCCCAUCUCUUCACUUUCACUGACACCUUCUCUGGGAUGCUCCGCCCUUAUUUCAGUCCUUGUCUCAAUGAAGGGGGUAAAAAUGCAGAUCCCCUGAUAAUCUGCCCGGUCCCAGAGAAGGCCUGAAGGAAUCUCUGUCCCUCACAGUGACACCCACAGCAGAGACUGUCCCCUCCCACCACUGACCAGCCCCCAGGCCUGUUCCCAUGGGGAUGGUGUAAAAAGCAUCAGCUGCCUGCCCCCCAUCACCCCCUCCUCUCUCAGCUCUCAGCACCAGGUCUGUGAACUACAGGAAGAGGAGAGAGGCAGAGAAGGGGUGAGGUGGGGUCAGGCUGCUUGGAAGUGGGGAUGCAGGGGCAGAGGGAGGUGGUUUAGUCUUGUGGUUUAGACCUUCCCUGUCAAAGUUUAAGCAGACCUGAGGUAAAAAAGGAUCAAGCCCUGGGACAUUUUCUUUAAAGUCUUCUAGCAAAUUGAUAAACUUCUUGACAGCAAUUAUCACAGCAGCAUCUUCUCCCAAGGAAGAAUAGGCAGUGCAGAUUGUUGCUUUGAAGCUAAUUUUCUAUUUUAUGGGGGGAGGGAUAGCUUAGUGGUUUGAGCAUUGGCCUGCUUAGAUGAACUACCUGUGUUCAGUCACAUAAGGCAAUUAGCCAGUCGAACUGUCAAGACAGUUCACACGUAGUUUACUAUGUGGAAUUACAAACUUCAAGGAGAGAUUAGGAUAAUUAUAUUACUAUACCACAAGUCCCAUCUAAAUAAUAAUUUUCCCUUUUGACCUCUGAAUUCAUAGAACACAGCAUUAUGAGACAGGAACAGGAUUAGCAUCUACAAGCUAAUUAGAUCACAUUUGUUAAACUUCUAAUGAGAUACAGGUAAAAACAGACAAAUACACUUAGCAUCUACCCGUGAUUUCUAUUACUACAAAUAAAUGGGUUAAUGAUUGCUGGUCUAGGACAUCUCUUUGAAAUACACAUACAAGUAGAUUGUCUUGGUUACAUUUCAAUGUGUCUUGUUAAGUUCUAGGUCAUACCCAAGUUGACCAUCUGUGAGCAUCACAGAAGUGCUGUUAAGAAAGAUGCUUUCAGAGCCUUUUACAGAACCAAUGUCAUGUUUGUCAUUUGAGUAUUCUGUUAAUUAGAUUCUUCUUUCUUUCACUGAAAAAAGUCUCUGCAGUUAUCUUUAUACUCUAAGUGCUUUGUUGCGAUGUGUCAUUUCAACUUUGCAGGUUUCAUUGCUUCAUUUGAUAGGAUUUGUAAGCAUAUGAUGCAUCGCGGUUGUCAAUCACUGAAUUCCAUAAAACAAAAAUCAGUAUAACUUUCGUCAAA